AUGAACUAGUAAGAAUUAGAUGUUGGAUUGACUAUUACAUUUGAUAGGGCUAACUCAACUUAUAAAUAAAAUGAUUGGGUAACAGGUAAAGUUAAAUUAGAAGGAGAUGUAGAAAAUAGUAAAUUUGAAAUAUAUGGUUUAAAGAUUAAAGCAGAAGGAACUCUUUAGGCUUAAAAUAAGGCUAGCAAUAGAGAUUUAGAAGCUGUUAGUGCACAUUUAAUACCUUUAAAGCUUUUUACUCAUGAGUCAAGCAUAGCUGAAAUGCAAUAUGUAGAUAAAGACAAUUGUGAAUUUACUUUUAAAUUUAAGCUUAUGGCAAAUGAAGGUGAAAAGUUGAUUGAAACAUAUGUAGGAGUUUAUGUCACAGUUGGAUAUGAAAUACAAGCAGAAUUAAAACUAGCAAAUUAUCAAAUAGUAAAGGAAACUUAAAACUUUUUUGUCUAAGUCAAUGGAGCAGGGAGAGAUAUGUUAAAUACAGAUAAAUAUCCUAAUCCUUAGAGUAUUAGCAUUAAUCCAGAUAAGCUAAAAUAAGGUAGUAUGGAAAAAAUGCCAAGAAUAAAAAUACAAGGUGUCAUUAAUUCAGAUGUUUGUAUGAUAAACAAUGAUUUCACAGGUUAAUUUGAGUUAGAAGAAUGUGAAGGAAAAAUAAGAAGUAUAGACCUUUAACUCAUCAGAGUUGAACAAGUCAGUAAUGCAAAAGGAAAGUUUUAGGAAGCAACUGAAAUUUAACUGAUUUAAGUUUGUGAUGGCAACAUUACUAAAGGUAUUGAAAUUCCACUAACAAUGAUGUUCCCAAAAUAUUUCUGUUGUCCUAAUUUCUAGUGGAAAGAUUUUACUGUGGAAUUUGAAGUUAACUUCAUAGUUAUCCUAUAUGAUGCAUUUAAAAUUACUCUUAACUAUCCUAUAAAGUUAUUAAGAAAUUGA